UUUGCUCAAGUGUUAAGAUAAACCAGAAAGUACAAUCACGUGAUUUAUCUGGAAUAGUCAGACUUGUAGGCUGUUGUGAUAGUUGAACCUCGUUGAUAAGAGUAAAAGACGUCGUAUGAUAAAUACUGAAAUUAAAGCUUUCGCUUAAAUUAAAGCAAAAGACAAUGUACAAGCCUAAGGGUCCUGACUACCAAGAUGUUGAAGGACUGAAAAUUCCCAAAGCAUUUUCACCAGAAUGCCUUCGAGAUUCUCUCCGUUAUAAACCGAAAGCUGAUGAUGUAUUUAUUGUGACUUUUCCUAAGUGUGGAACAACUUGGACACAACAUAUUGUAAUUAACAUUUUAAAAAGAGGGCUACCACCAGAAAGUUUUGAAGAGUUUCAAAAGCUAAGUCCCUUUAUGGAACUUACAGGACCUGGUGUUGUAGAGACAAUGCCUCGACCUGGAGCUAUCAAAACUCAUCUUCCAUUUGAUCUCCAGCCUUAUUCUCUUCAAGCCAAAUACAUCUACAUAACAAGGAAUCCCUUCGACUGCUGCGUCUCUCUUUUUCAUCACAGUAGAACAUUACCGAUAUACCAAUACUCGGAUGGAGCAUUUGAAGACUUUUUUGAGAUUUUCAUCAACGGCCAAACCGAAUUUGGGGAUUACUUCGACCAUCUCCUGUCCUGGUAUGAACAUAGAAAGGAUCCUAAUGUGCUAUUUCUUGUCUAUGAGAAAAUGAAAGCCGACACCAGAACUGAUGUUUUAAACAUUGCCAAGUUUCUAGAUCAAGAGUAUGAAGACAUGUUAGUGAAGGAUGUACAAAUGAUGGAGAACAUACUUCUUCAGACUUCUGUUGAGUACAUGAAGAAAUCUACCAACAAACACUUUGGGAGUUUCUUUGGGUCAGUACACAGUGAUGAAGAUAUAGAUAAUAAAAACAUUCCUGAAGGAUUAAAACACAUCCUUAAUUACAUGAAAACCAUUAACUUUAAACCACAAUCAGAACUUAACUUUGUGAGAAAGGGAAUUGUUGGUGAUUGGAAAAACCAUUUUACCCCGGAACAAACAGAACGACUCAGAAGAAAAUGCAUUCAGAAAUUCGAAGGAACUAAAAUUCCCGAAUUCUGGCCAGACAUUUUUAAAUGAACAAUCAUGCAUAUGAUGUAUUGAAAUUAUAUAUUUUUGACUACUAUACUAUAUAUUUAGAAAUUUUAAUAAUGGUUUUACUUUUCUUAAUUGACUUCAUUGAUGUUUUUUAAUUUUCAUUUUAAGAGCUAAUUGUUUUGAAGAAUAUAUAUGAUCAACUGUUAAAAAUAUAAGAUAAAGAUGCUGAUCUUCUUUAAAAGAUCUUCUUCACAUAUUAUAUUUUGAGCUUUUCUAAACUUUAGAUGUAACAAAUUAUUGUUCUUGUCAUAAACGUCUAAAAUUACAGUAACUGUACAUUGAAGUUUUAAAUGUUCAUUUCUAAUUGGUAUAAUUUUAUUUGCAUUUAUUAACACACGUACAUUUUCUGGAUUUUUUUUUUAUUAUGGUGAAAAAUUCUGCAUUAUUAUUACUUUUAUAACUUUUAUAUAGUUUUUGUUCUUGCGUGGUUCGCUAGCCAAGAGAAGACAUAUAUACACCAUAAUCUGAAUAUCGUAAUUACUGUAACUCUGCACGGCAUGGCCAGGUGGUUAGGGCGCUCGAAUCACAAUCUACGGGUCGCGGGUUCGAAUCCCCGUUACACCAAACCCUUUCAGCCGUGGGGGCUUUAUAAUGUGACAGUCAAUCCCGCUAUUCGU